CCUCCCCGUUGUCAUGGGAACGCCCGCUCGCUCCGCGGCCCGCCUUCAGGCUGGUGUGGCCUGUGGUCCCACCCCUCGUGGUAGUCAACUUCCGCUCGGGGAAGGGCCGCUUCCGGCCCCUGGGGCGCGCUGCCGCUCAUGAUGGCGGCGCCGCGACCUCUGCGGGUGCUGGGCCUGGCGGGCUUCCGGCAGAGCGAGCGGGGAUUCCGCGAGAAGACGGGAGCGCUGCGGAAGGCGCUGCGGGGCCGCGCCGAGCUCGUGUGCCUCAGCGGCCCGCACCCGGUCGCGGACGCAGCGGGCCCCGAGGGCGCCGGGCCCGACUCGGAGCCCUGCCCUCCGGAGGAGCAGACUCGAGGCUGGUGGUUUUCAGAACAGGAGGCAGACGUGUUCUCCGCACUGAAGGAGCCUACAGUGUGCAGAGGUCUGGAGGAAGCCCUGGGAACGGUGGCACAGGCACUCAGCCAGCUGGGACCUUUUGAUGGGCUCCUUGGUUUCAGCCAGGGGGCCGCGCUAGCGGCUGUUGUGUGCGCCCUUGGCCAAGCCGGCGAUCCCCGCUUCCCCUUGCCACGGUUUAUCAUCCUGGUAUCUGGUUUCUGUCCCCGGGGCCUUGGCCUCAAGGAAUCCAUCCUGUUGGGCCCCUUGUCAUUACCUUCACUUCAUGUUUUCGGGGACACCGACCGUGUCAUCCCUUCUGAAGAAAGUGUGCAACUGGCUAGCCGAUUCACUGGAGCCAUCACUGUCACCCACUCUGGUGGCCACUUCAUUCCAGCAGCUGUGCCUCAGCGCCAGGCCUACCUCAAGUUCUUGGACCAGUUUGCAGAGUGAAAGAUCAACAAAUGCUCUGCCCCUACAUCCCCUCCCCCUCCCCCCUCAGUAGGGACACGUGACCUUGGGGCAGCUCUCUAAUCCCUGACCUCCCCUUUCCCUGCCUCGAGACCUCCACGGCUGUUAGUGCUCCUUACCAUCACCAAUUAAGAGACAAAUACAAUUCUUAAAGACCCAAAUUUUAUAAACCCAGAUCUGCAAUCAAGAAAAGGGAGCAGGAGGCCUUAAUGGGCUUUGACCUUGGCAUCUGAUACUCAGACAUGAAAAAGGCCAUUGGAGCCCUGGAUGAGUGGAGAGUGGCAUGGGAAAAGCAGGGACUGGCACCACUGUGAUUGCCACACAAUAAAGUGGUGAUUUGGA